AUGAAGCUCUACAUAUACCCUGGAAACUACCGCGCAUUCAAGGUGCUUAUCGCCGCCGAGUACAACGGCGUCGACAUUGAGCUGCCGGCGUUCGACUUCGCCAAGGAUAUCAAGACCAAAGAGUUCAAGGCCAAGACUCCCAUUGGCAAGGUACCGAUCCUCGAGACCGAGGAGGGGGCCAUCUUUGAGAGUGGCGCCAUCGCCCGCUAUAUUGCUCGUCUGCGCCCUGACACGGGUCUGUAUGGCAAGACUUUCUUCGAGUCUGGUCUGGUAGACGCCUGGAUCGACUUCUCGGCGUAUGAGCUGGAAGUGCCUCUUGAGGUGUGGGUGUACCCCAUCCUUAAUGUCGGCAAGUUCAACGCCGCUGCCCUCGCCAAGGCCAAGGCUGACGUGAAGAAGGUUCUGCAGACCCUCGAGAACCACCUGCACCUCCGCACCUACUUGGUGGGCGAACAGGCUGUUGUUGUCGGUGACGUGCCGCUCAUCGACGUGGCUCUGACCGCUGAGGGCGACAAUUCUAGCAAGAAGGCCGCCAAGAAGGACGCCGCCAAGAAGGACGCUCCCAAGAAGGAGAAGGCUGCCCCGAAGGAGGAGGCCCCCAAGCCCAAGAAGGUGGAGCACCCGCUUGCCGUGCUGAACCGUGAGAAGCCCUCGUCGCUGAACCUGGACGCCUGGAAGGUGCAGUACUCGAACACCAGGAACCUGGCCGACGCCAUGACGUGGUUCUGGGAGCACCUGGACACGGAGGGCUACUCUCUGUGGUUCUGCGACUACAACUACAACAACGAGAACACCAAGAUGUUCAUGACGUGCAACGCCGUUGGUGGCUUCUUGCAGCGUUCGGAAGCCAUGCGCAAGUACGCGUUCGGUGUGAUGGACGUGUGCGGUGCCGAGGGCUCGGAGAUCAUCAUCACGGGCUGCUGGCUGUUCCGUGGCGACUCGGAGAAGCACAUGAUCGAGGCCAACCCGGACGCCGAGUACUACACGUGGAAGAAGGCGGAGCUGAACGACGAGACGAAGGCUCGCGUUGCUGCCUACUGGUGCAACGAGGACGAGCUGGAGGGCAAGCCCAUCGCUGACUCCAAGGUCUUCAACGCGCAUUAA